AUGAUGUCCAUAUACUUUAACGGUUCUUUUUUCUCCAUUGUAUUUAUCCUUACUCCAUUGUUCAAAGAAACGAGGCAGACACCUUACAAAACGGUUUAUCCGUUUGAAUACAGCGACGGUCCCAAAUUCGAAAUAAUGUACUUAGUGCAGAGCUUUACCAAUUUUUACGUUGUUCUGGGAGUCGUAAUUGGAGUGGAUACUUUGUUCAUGGCUGUGUGCUGUAACAUCACUGCCCAGUAUCGACUGUUGAAAAACGCAUUUUUGAAAUUGGGUACAGAUGAGGUUAAAGAAUUAAACUCUAAGCUGAGUACACUAUGUGCCGAAUCUGACACCUCGGAAAGAAAUACGACAGAGGAGAAAAAAUUCCUUAUUCGAUGUAUUAAGCAUCAUCAGUUAUUAUUAAGAACUAUAGAAGACGUUGAAACAGUGUACAGUGUUAUUGGCUUCUUUCAACUUGGUUUCAGCAUUGUUUCCAUCUGCUUGUCUAGUUUUGUACUAACAACGAAAAAUUUGGAAUUUAGUCAAUUGGUAAAUAUCACAAUUUUCUUAUCAGGAAAUAUAGUGCAACUAUUCUGUUAUUGCUCAGUGGCUACUGAAGUAAAUUUUGAGAUGGACAAUUUAUCACAAUAUAUUUUUUCAAGUUACUGGUACCAAGCAGACUUUGUAAAUUUUAAAAGAGAUAUUUUAUUUGUUAUAAAGAAAUCUCAAGAAGUACAAAAAAUUACUGCACUUAAAUUGUUUCCGCUGAACUAUAACACCUUCAUUCAGGUCUUGAGAGUUUCGUUUUCAUUUUAUACACUCCUGUCUAACAUUACAGUAAAAUAG